UUGAAAACAAUUAUGUCUGGACGCGGUAAAGGAGGAAAAGGGCUUGGAAAAGGAGGCGCUAAGCGUCAUCGUAAGGUGUUGCGUGAUAACAUCCAGGGUAUCACCAAACCAGCUAUCCGUCGUCUUGCUCGUCGUGGUGGUGUGAAGCGUAUCUCUGGUCUCAUCUACGAAGAGACCCGUGGUGUGUUGAAAGUAUUUCUUGAAAAUGUCAUCCGUGAUGCUGUCACAUACACCGAGCACGCCAAGAGAAAGACCGUCACCGCCAUGGAUGUCGUCUAUGCCUUGAAGAGACAAGGCCGAACCCUGUACGGAUUCGGUGGAUCUAAGAAGGCUGCUCCUAAAAAGCCAGCAUCUCAUCCAACUUACAUUGAGAUGAUCACUGCUGCCAUCGGUGCUUUGAAAGAAAGAAAUGGUUCUUCUCGUCAGGCAAUCGCCAAGUACAUUCAAGCCAACUACAAGGUUGAUGCUGGCAGCAUGAACACCCACCUUAAGAUCGCUUUAAAACGCGGGGUUGAUAGCGGAAAACUAGCCCAGCCCAAAGGCACAGGCGCUAGCGGAUCGUUCAAACUAAACCAGGCUGCAGCCAAAGCAGAUGCAGCUGCAAAGGCUAAAAAAGAAAAGGCUAAGAAGAAGGCAGCAGCAGAAAAAGAAAAGAAAGCUGUAAAGAAAGCGACAAAGAAAGCUAAGAAACCAGCUGCCAAGAAGGCUAAGAAGCCAGCAAAGAAGGCUUCCAAGUCACCAAAGAAGGCAAAAAAGCCAGAGAAGAAAGCGGCCAAGCCAAAGAAGACAAAGUCUCCUAAAAAGGCCAAGGCAAAGAAGCCAAAAGCCAAGAAGUCUACCAAGUCUCCAAAGAAAUCUAAGAACUUACAGUUAAAGCGAAUUCUAGCCGACAUCACACUUCGGAUCGAACUUCGAAUAUUAACAGUAAUCAACAUGUCUGGACGUGGUAAAGGAGGAAAAGGACUUGGAAAAGGAGGCGCUAAGCGUCAUCGUAAGGUUUUGCGUGAUAAUAUCCAGGGUAUCACCAAACCAGCUAUCCGUCGUCUUGCUCGUCGUGGUGGUGUAAAGCGUAUCUCAGGUCUCAUCUACGAAGAGACCCGGGGUGUAUUGAAAGUAUUCCUUGAAAAUGUCAUCCGUGAUGCUGUAACAUACACCGAGCAUGCUAAGAGAAAGACCGUCACCGCCAUGGAUGUCGUCUACGCUUUGAAAAGACAAGGCCGAACCCUGUACGGAUUCGGUGGAUAAGCUGUUCACCUGUCAAACCAAACGGCUCUU